UCCCAGGGCCCUGGAGCCCGGCGCGUGUAGAAUCUCCUCUUGGAGCUUCUCUCCCACCGGUUUUCGUCGUCCUCUCUGGCCGGGCCGCCCUCCGCGCGGCCCUUGCGGCUCCUGGCACGGCCCCGCGCUCGGCUGCCGCCCUGGCGCGCGCCACCCUGUCGUCCCCGGACGGGCGCGGACCCGCUCGGCCUGGGCGCCGGCGGCUGGGGAGGGGGCGCUGGCCCCGGGGCCGCGCAUGCGCUGCCACCAGUCUGGGGCUGUCAGUGGAAGGCGAGUGCUGGCUCCGUGGGGAGGCGACGCCCUUCGGGGCCAACGGGCCUCGAGCCGAGGCGGCCGUGGGAACGACUCAUCCCUUUUCCAGCCGGGGGGCGGGGCUGGGCUCGGGGUCGGGGCUGGCGGGGGCCCCGCCCCCGUCCCCUGGCCUGCCCCCUUCAUGGGCCGCGAUGAUGGCGGCCCUGUACCCGAGCACGGACCUCUCGGGCGCCUCCUCCUCCUCCCUGCCUUCUUCCCCAUCCUCCUCUUCGUCGCCAAACGAGGUGAUGGCGCUGAAGGAUGUGCGGGAGGUGAAGGAGGAGAACACCCUGAAUGAGAAGCUUUUCUUGCUGGCGUGCGACAAGGGUGACUAUUAUAUGGUUAAAAAGAUUUUGGAGGAAAACAGUUCAGGUGACUUGAACAUAAAUUGCGUAGAUGUGCUUGGGAGAAAUGCUGUUACCAUAACUAUUGAAAACGAAAACUUGGAUAUACUGCAGCUUCUUUUGGACUACGGUUGUCAGUCCGCAGAUGCACUUUUGGUGGCAAUCGACUCUGAAGUAGUGGGAGCUGUUGAUAUACUACUUAAUCAUCGACCAAAACGAUCAUCAAGACCAACUAUAGUAAAACUAAUGGAGAGAAUUCAGAAUCCUGAGUAUUCAACAACUAUGGAUGUUGCACCUGUCAUUUUAGCUGCUCAUCGUAACAACUAUGAAAUUCUUACAAUGCUGUUAAAACAGGAUGUAUCUCUACCUAAGCCCCAUGCAGUUGGCUGUGAAUGUACAUUGUGUUCUGCAAAAAACAAAAAGGACAGCCUCCGACAUUCCAGGUUUCGUCUUGAUAUAUAUCGCUGCUUGGCCAGUCCAGCUCUAAUAAUGUUAACAGAGGAGGAUCCUAUUCUGAGAGCGUUUGAACUUAGUGCUGAUUUAAAAGAACUAAGCCUCGUGGAGGUGGAAUUCAGGAAUGAUUAUGAGGAACUAGCCCGGCAGUGUAAAAUGUUUGCUAAAGAUUUGCUUGCCCAAGCCCGGAAUUCACGUGAAUUAGAAGUUAUCCUAAACCAUACAUCCAGUGAUGAGCCUCUUGACAAACGAGGAUUACUAGAAGAAAGAAUGAACUUAAGUCGUCUAAAACUUGCUAUCAAAUAUAACCAAAAGGAGUUUGUUUCCCAGUCCAACUGUCAGCAGUUCCUGAACACUGUUUGGUUUGGACAGAUGUCAGGUUACCGUCGUAAGCCUACCUGUAAGAAGAUAAUGACUGUUUUGACAGUUGGCAUCUUUUGGCCAGUUUUGUCACUUUGUUAUUUGAUAGCUCCCAAAUCUCAGUUUGGCAGAAUUAUCCACACACCUUUUAUGAAAUUUAUUAUUCAUGGAGCAUCAUAUUUCACAUUCCUACUGUUACUAAACCUAUACUCUCUUGUCUACAAUGAGGAUAAGAAAAACACAAUGGGGCCAGCCCUUGAAAGAAUAGACUAUCUCCUUAUACUGUGGAUUAUUGGAAUGAUAUGGUCAGACAUUAAAAGACUCUGGUAUGAAGGGUUGGAAGACUUUUUAGAAGAAUCUCGUAAUCAGCUCAGUUUUGUCAUGAAUUCACUUUAUUUGGCAACCUUUGCCCUCAAAGUGGUUGCUCACAACAAGUUUCAUGAUUUUGCGGAUCGGAAGGACUGGGAUGCAUUCCACCCUACACUGGUGGCAGAGGGACUUUUUGCAUUUGCCAACGUUCUGAGUUAUCUUCGUCUCUUUUUUAUGUAUACCACAAGCUCUAUCUUGGGUCCAUUACAGAUGAUUUUAAUGAACACCUAUGUAAUAUUUCCACAGAUUUCAAUGGGACAGAUGUUACAAGAUUUUGGAAAAUUUCUUGGAAUGUUUCUUCUUGUUUUGUUUUCUUUCACAAUUGGGCUGACACAACUGUAUGAUAAAGGCUACACUCCAAAAGAACAGAAGGACUGUGUAGGCAUAUUCUGUGAACAGCAAAGCAAUGAUACCUUCCAUUCGUUCAUCGGCACUUGCUUUGCUUUGUUCUGGUAUAUUUUCUCCUUAGCACAUGUGGCAAUCUUUGUCACAAGAUUUAGCUAUGGAGAAGAAUUACAGUCCUUCGUCGGAGCUGUUAUUGUUGGGACAUACAAUGUUGUGGUUGUGAUAGUCCUUACCAAGCUGCUGGUGGCAAUGCUUCAUAAAAGUUUUCAGUUGAUAGCAAAUCAUGAAGACAAAGAAUGGAAGUUUGCUCGAGCAAAACUGUGGCUUAGCUACUUUGAUGACAAAUGUACAUUACCCCCACCUUUCAACAUCAUUCCUUCGCCAAAGACUAUCUGCUAUAUGAUUAGUAGCCUGAGUAAGUGGAUUUGCUCUCAUACAUCAAAAGGCAAAGUUAAACGGCAGAACAGCUUGAAGGAAUGGAGAAAUUUGAAACAAAAGAGAGAUGAAAACUACCAAAAAGUGAUGUGCUGUCUAGUGCAUCGUUACUUGACUUCCAUGAGACAAAAGAUGCAAAGUACAGAUCAGGCAACUGUGGAAAAUCUAAAUGAACUGCGCCAAGAUCUGUCAAAAUUCCGAAAUGAAAUAAGGGAUUUACUUGGCUUUCGGACUUCUAAAUAUGCUAUGUUUUAUCCAAGAAAUUAGCCAUUUUUUAAAUUGUGUAGAGAAUAAUUUUCAAUAUUAUAAAUCUAAAAGACUGCAUUUGCAUAACUUACAAUUAAAUUAAUAAGAUAUAUAUUGAAAUAAAGAAUUAUGUAAAAGCCAUUCUUUGAAAUAUUUAUAGCAUAAAUAUAUGUUAUGUAAAGUGUGUAUAUAGGAUUAGUUUUUUUAAAACCCUCUGUCAGUGGCUUUUUGCAGGAGUAAAACAGAUUGAGUAGAUAGAUUUUAUUAGCAUGCUGUUUAGUUUUCUUGUUUAAAUAGUGCUUAAUUUUUUUUCUUUCUGCUUAAGAAGGGCAGUUAGAACUGUCUUAACUAUUGCCAGAAGGUUUUGUAAAAAUGAAGAUCAACAAAGGUGGGCUGAUCUUUCAUAUGACACACUUGAGAUACAGAAGUCAUGUUUUAAAAAUCUUUGUUUUAGGAGUUUACAUAUAGUUCAGUAUUUAUUGUUUCAGAAUAUAGGUUUGCUUAAAACAGUAGUCUGUUUUGUUCUUUUGUUAUAAUCUUAAGCAGAAAAGAUAAAGCCCUAAUGAAUAUUUGAAUCUAUUUAUGUGUCUAUACAUUAAAUUCACUUCAGUGUUUGUCAUUGUAAUAUAUUUACUUUUACAUGGUUGUAAUCACUUUAUUAUUUUUUUUUCCAUUUAUUUUUAUUAGUUGGAGGCUAAUUACUUCACAACAUUGCAGUGGGUUUUGUCAUACAUUGACAUGAAUC